GGUUUGGCAGCGAGGGUAGCUAGCAGAUUAUGGUGUUUGAAACCGUCUCGCCCUUAGAGAACGAAGUGAGGUGGUACGAUCUGUACUCAUACACACGCACGCACACGCUCGCACACGUACAGGGAAUAUUGAUUUUUUACCCCCCGAAACCACACUAAAAAUAUACAUGCAAGUGCCGCAUUGUGUCGGGCCCCCGAAGAGCAUUUUUUUUUGAUCCGCCUGUCGUUACGCAAGGGAGCGCCCCCCCUAAUAACAGAAACUACAGUCUAAAAUUGAAAACGCUCGGGACCGGGGCCAAAAAGAAGGAAGAGACAGCGCCUAUAGCUCGCGUCUGCAUCCUGUGUUGGAAUACAAAUUUUUUUUUGGACGAGGAAGAGCAAAAAGGGGAAUACACCGUACGGAAGUAAAUUAGUUGUAGUAGUACAGAGAAGUGCGGGCAAGUAUAGUAAUCAUCACCAGUGGUAGGUGAUAUUAAGAACCGGUGUGUGCGUGAGUGUGUGUGCAUGUGUGUGCGGAUGAUUGCGAGCGUGUGUGGUUGUCGUCCGGUGCGAGAAAGAGGCGAGGGCCUAUCUUUAUGAAUUGUGCGAUUCUCCGCGGUCCAGGGACCUCAGAUACCAUUUCUAGUUUCAUCCCUUCGAAAGGCCGAUUCUCGAUUGGAUGUUGAAGGGCAGGAGACACGCAGCCAGACAUCGCACAUCAUCACCAAUGAUUUCCAAAGGAUAAUAUUGGCAAGACAAUGUUGAAUUAAUGAAUUAAUUACAAAAGAUACACAUACACAUUUAAAUAUUUAUAUAAAUAUACGUGUAAAGAAAAGGGGAAAAGCCAGAUAAAUAUUACGCUUCCAAGUACGCUAAGCAGAAAAGACAUUCAAGAGGACAGUUAAUUAGUUGUUUGCGCAAUUCGGUGUUUUUGACUUUGUUGUUGAUCAUAUUGUAUAAUAAAUGGUUGGAACGCAGACGGACAGUGGGAAUAAGAUGGAGGUUCAGAACGCUCUUCCCACCCUGACGACAACCACCACCUCAGUGGCAGAUUUCUACAAUGGUAAAACCGUCUUCAUCACCGGCGGGACCGGUUUCAUGGGGAAGGUACUGCUGGAAAAGCUGCUGAGGUCUUGUUCCGGGGUUGCUGCAAUCUAUCUCCUCAUCAGAUACAAAAAGGGCCAGAACGCUCACGAUCGUCUUCAGCAACUGCUAUCGUCACCGCUGUUCGAUAUCCUCCGCAAGGAACGACCCGGCGAUUUAAGCAAAGUUCUGCCGAUCGAAGGAGACAUUACGCAACCGAAUCUGGCCAUCAGUGUGAACGAUAGAGUGAUGUUGAGUCGCACAGUAAACGUAGUUUUCCAUAGUGCAGCCACUGUUAAAUUUGACGAAAAAUUAAAGUUGUCCGUCACCAUAAACAUGCUGGGAACACAACGCCUUAUAGAACUUUGUAAGAAGAUGACAAACCUCGAGGCACUGAUUCAUGUGUCCACAACGUAUUGUAAUUGUGAUAAGACAGAAAUUUAUGAGAAAAUUUACAAUCCAUCGAUAAGUCCCGAUCAGAUCACGUCCCUUGUGGAUACACUUGAUGAAUCACUCGUCGAUGCGAUGACGCCUAUACUCGUUGGGAAGCGACCGAAUACGUAUACCUUUACAAAAGCGUUGGCUGAAUCAUGGCUGAAGGAAAACAAAGGCGAUCUUCCGCUGGUAAUCGUGAGGCCUAGCAUCGUGAUAAGCAGUCACGGUGGGCCUCUGAAGGGAUGGGUUGACAACUGGAAUGGUCCGACAGGAAUCAUCGCAGCAGCGGGAAAGGGGGUGUUCCGGUCCAUGCAUUGCCAUCCGGAAAAGACCGCCGACCUUGUGCCUGUCGACCUGGUGAUCAAUCUGAUGCUCGCUGCAGGAUGGAAGGUCGGCUCGUGCAAGACGAAAGAGAUCCCGAUCUACAAUUGCUGCACGGGCCAGAGAAAGCCAAUAUCGUGGAGAUCCUUUGUUGAGCUCUGCUUCAAGUACAUGAGAAUAUAUCCGUUUUCUGAUGUGACUUGGUAUCCUAGUGGCACAGUAACCUCUUCCGUUGCACUCGACACAUUCAAUCAGUACGUUCUGCACUGGUUUCCUGCCUACGUUAUCGAUGCCUUCACGUGGAUCUGCGGUGGAAAACCUAUCAUGCUGAAAAUUCAGGACAAGCUGCAAAAAGCUUCUACUUGUUUGGACUACUUUACCACCCACGAAUGGGUCUUUGACGACACGAAUGUCAGGCAACUAGGUUUAUCCUUAAGCGAGGCGGACAGGCGCGAAUUCAACUUUGAUGCCAGCCAAAUCGAUUGGGAUGAGUUUAUUAAACAUUAUGUCUUAGGAAUUAGAAGGUUUAUAUUUAAAGAAGACGCAGCUACGAUUCCCAAGGCGAGAAGAAGCAUAGCGAAACUGUUAUGGGUUUAUAGGAUAACGCAAUUCAUUACCGUCUUAACGUUGUGGCACUUCCUCACAUUGCGUUGCGCGCCCUUAAGGCAGUUGUGGAGCAACGCGCUAAAGCUGUUACUUCACAUUGCUCGAAUGCUGCCCAUACUAUAAGUACCAAAAGAAGCGAGUGUGAAUCCAAGAGAAAUUACCAAGAGGAAAGAAAAAAAAAACAGAAAACGUAAAUUAAAAUGAGAAGAAUAAUAAAACGGUUAUUAGU